AUAGCAUUCAUCAAUUCUUGGACAUAUUUUUCCAUAAAUUCCGCGAAAAAUUGAGUUAUCUAGUUCUAUAGAAACAAAUGGUUGAUUUAUCAAACGAAAUGCGACGAACUGAAGUGACUUGAGUGUUGAAAAAUACAUUGGAAUCUGUGUCAAUGACUUACAUUGAGUUACCUACUUAUUGUCCUAUGAUUGUUUCCGUAAUGUUUAAAUAAUACCAAUCAUGAGGACUAUACUAAUUGGAUCAAUUACCUUCUUAGGAAUUUUAAUGUUCAGUGAUAUAUGCUGUGGUGAACAAAGGUUUUUAGAUACUCCUCCUAGUUAUCAAGAAGUUGCAACAGGUGAUGAUGUACGGUUAGCAUGUAAAGUCCAAGACAAAAAAGGUCAAUGUAUUUGGCAGAAAGACCGUAAGCCCAUUGGAAUGUAUCCUGAUAAGUAUGAGUGGGCUAAUGGUCAAGGGAAUGAUAGGAAUGAUGCCGAUUGUACCCUUCUUAUCAGAAGAGCAUCUUUGGAUUUUGAUGAUGGUAUUUGGGAAUGCCAGGUAACACCUGGGGAUUUUACUAGACAGGAUGCUCUUACUUCAUUACCUUCUCGACUUCUUGUUAAAGUAAAACCAAGAAAACCUCGUUUGGAAUACGGUGGAGCAAUUUUGACAGGGGCUCUGACGUUAAGAGAAGGUCAAGAGGUCACCAUUUCCUGCGUUUCUCGAUAUGGAAAUCCUCCAGCACUUAUUAAAUGGUUUAUUGGAGGCGACGAGGUCGAACCACUCAGAGAACAAACCAAUGCCACUGAGGUUGAUAGUCCCAAGACCUGGGCAGCUCAUAGUCUUUUAAGAGUCCGAGGAGAUAGAGAAAAUCAUGGUUUACCGAUAAGAUGUCUCAGUUUACAUCCUUCAAGCCCUUUACCUGCUAUUGCUGAAUGUCGUCUUGAUAUUCAUUAUUCACCAGAGGUUCGUAUAGAAACCAGCCCUCGAGUUCUAACAUCAGCACUAGAAGAUUCUAGUAGCUUCUUAAGUCUAAAAUGUCUAGCUGAUGCUAAUCCACCAGCAAACAUACGAUGGUACAAAGAUUCAGUGGCUUUAGAAAGGUAUAAUUCAAUGGAUUCAUUGAGUCAAAACUUCACUCACAGAAAUGGAACAUUAAGUGGUUCAGAAAUACGAUUUGAACCUGUGAAGCAGCAAGAUGCAGGUCUUUAUUCAUGCAAGGGAAUUAAUGUUAUAGGAGAAAGUAUUCCAGCUAACUACCGAUUGGAUGUUCAAUUUGGCCCACGACUGAAAUCUACAAGUAAAAUCAAUGAAACAGCAGGAGAGUUUGAAUCAAUUGCUCUAUUAGCAGCAGAUGUGGAUCCUUUUGAAUGUAAUGAAUUUGAGGCUAAUCCUCCAGCACGAUAUCGAUGGAUUCACAUCAGAGGUGGUGUAUCACAUCCAGUUGAAAAUUUUAUUGGCGAAGAAACAGGAUCAAGGAAGCUUAAAUUAAAAAAUGUUGCUUGGGCUGAUGAAGGAGAGUAUCGUUGUGUAGCUUACAACGUCAUUAAUGGUGUACGGAGAGAGAUAACAUCUGAUUCAAAGUAUAUUCUACAUAUUUCUGGACCUCCAGAAAUUCAGACCAAGCCAGUUGAUGGUGAAGAUGACAAGAACUUUGGAGAAUCUGUAGGAUGGGUAGGGGAACCUGUUCAUAUGCUAAGAUCAAGAUUUUGUUCAAGACCUCCACCAAAGUUAGUUGCUUGGCAAUGGGGAAGUUCUCACAUUCGUGCAGGUGAAAGUAUUGAACCAAAAUAUGAUGCUUUACCUUUGGAGCCAAUAACAGAGAAUAAUGAGCGAACAAAUUGCUACUGGGCAAAAUUAGAAAUUCGUAAUUUACAAAAAGAAGACUCUAGAAUAUACAGUUUAUUAAUUGAAAGUGAAAAAGGUCGUGAUUCGACAAAUUUAAAAUUAAUUGUAAGAGAUCCAAUGGAGAUAAAAAUAAUCGCAAUAGCUGGAAGUAUUGGAAUAUUUUUAUUUUUGGUAGUAAUUGGAUUGGCUUCAUACUCACUUUUCAAAGCACGUCAUCGUCGGUACAGAAAAAAAUGUGGAGAAGAAGAGGAAGAUGGAAGUAUUGCAGCAGAUGCAUUUUAUUCCACUACCACUACAACGAAUCGCCAAAAAACUACACCAACUAGUAAAAUUUAUGUAAGAAAAACUCCUCAAGAAGGAGGCCUCGCAGUUAUGUAUGAUUAUAAUCAAAUUGUUAAAAAUUCUGGAACAUUAAGUCCUGAAGCAUUAAAAGUUAGAAGGGCUCCAGCUGUUCUUCAACCUCCUACAAUUGUAUAACAAACCAGUUAAAAA